AUGCGGUUCCCCUUUCUCUUUGUUGCCAGAGGCUGUAAGGCUGUUCCCAGACUGCAACAAAGCCAGUUUCCUUCACCACUGUCAGCUCUGCCGAGAUAUCAGAGGAUCUCUGUGUUGGCCCACCUCUGCAAAGAUGAGAGGAGUUACUUCAUAACCACUCCCAUCUUCUAUGUCAAUGCCUCUCCUCAUUUAGGACACCUGUAUUCUGCUGUGAUAGCUGACUGCCUGCACAGGUACAAGCUUCUUCAGGGCUUCAACUCCAAGUUUGCAACAGGCACAGACGAACAUGGCCUGAAAAUCCAACAAGCCGCUGAAGCUGCGGGAAAAGAUCCCCUGACCUUCUGCACUGAUGUGUCUGAAAGAUUCAAACAUCUCUUCAGCAGCUGCAACAUUUCGUACACAGACUACAUCAGAACCACUGAACAGAGACACCGUCAGGCUGUGGAGCAUUUCUGGUCAGUGCUCUGGAACAAAGGGCUCAUCUACAAGGGGAGUUAUGAAGGCUGGUACUCCACACAGGAUGAAAGCUUCCUCACACCGCUGCAGGUGGGGGAUGCUGUGGACUCAUCAGGGAAGCAGAUUAAGGUAUCGCUGGAGAGUGGACACCAGGUGGAGUGGAUGAAAGAGGAGAACUACUUGUUCCGUCUGUCUGCAUUUCAGACUCAGCUGCUUGACUGGCUCAAAGGAAAUCCCCAGGCCAUACAGCCUGAGCGUUUCUACCAGACUGUCCUCCAGUGGCUGCAGCACGACACCCCUGACCUCUCAGUGUCCCGUCAGAGAAGCCGCCUUCAGUGGGGCAUCUCUGUCCCCAAUGACCCCGAACAAACCAUCUACGUGUGGUUGGAUGCUCUGGUGAACUACCUCACAGUAGCUGGUUAUCCAGAUAAACAUGACCAAUGGUGGAAUGUUGCUCACCACAUUGUAGGAAAGGAUAUCUUAACUUUUCACGCCAUCUACUGGCCAGCCUUCCUUCUAGGAGCUGGACUGCCGCUGCCACAGACGAUAUAUGUGCACUCUCACUGGACAUCAGGGGGAAGGAAGAUGUCUAAAAGUUUGGGUAAUGUGGUAGAUCCUCUUCAACGCUCACAGAUGUUCACAACUGAUGGUAUGAGGUACUUUCUUUUGCGUCAGGGAGUCCCAGACUCAGACUGUGAUUACACCGAUCGUAAAGUAAUCAGACUGCUCAAUGCCGAGCUAACUGACUCUCUGGGUGGUCUGCUUAAUCGCUGCGUAGCCCCAGCUCUUAACCCCACUCAGGUCUACCCCUCUUUCUGCCCUGAGUUUUUCCCAAGAGAACAGGGAGGCAGAGCUGUGGCUGAAGACUACCACAUGUUGGAUGCUGUGAAGAAUCUCCCUGCUGUGGUAGAGCAGCACUUUGAGAGCAUACAUGUAUACAAAGCUCUGGAGGCCAUCACUGUAUGUGUGAGGCAGACCAACGCAUUUGUUCAGCGCCACACACCUUGGAAGCUGGACAAGAGUAACAGCGAAGAGCAGCGCUGGCUGGACACAAUCAUCCAUGUCUCCCUUGAAUGCCUGAGAAUUUAUGGCACACUCCUCCAGCCAAUAGUGCCAGAAAUUUCUGACAAACUCCUGUCCAGACUCGGGGUACAGUCAGGUGAGAGGAGCUGGGCCACUCUGAACUUCCUGCCAAGGUAUCAAGGAAUGGACUGUCCCUUCGAGGGGAGAGCACUAGGAUCUGAUUCUGGAGUAUUGUUCAGCCGCUUGGAAAAUGAGAAUGUAGAUAAACAAAAACCUACCAAAGCACAAAAGGCAGCAAAACAGAAAUGAGGAAUUGUUUAAUGUUCCCUGUAGGUUGAUUCAAUCAGUAAGAAAUAAAAGUCCUGUGGCUCA